UGACUGGAAAAACAUAAAACUGGUUUCAUACUGCAAAAGCAAAUGGUCAUAUCUAAACAAAGACUCCUCCCUAUUCAGUAAAGCGUACGGUCAAUCACUAACUGAGUCAGACAUCACAUACAUAUACAGAGGGACAGACAAAGCUAAUCCUCCUCUUAAGGCAAGAAGGAAAAUGGUAUCCCAAAAACUUCAAAUCCUGGGCCUCGUUAUGGCACUUAUUGGUUUUGUUGGCAUCAUUGUCAUCUGUGGUUUACCAGCCUGGAAGAUGUCUGCUUUCAUUGGAGCCAACAUUGUGACUUUCCAGGUGUAUUGGGAAGGCUUAUGGAUGGAUUGUGUGGUUCAAACCACAGGCCAGAUGCAGUGUAAGGUCUACGAUUCUCUCCUUAUUCUUCCUGUACAUCUGCAGGCAGCUCGAGCCUUGAUAAUCGUUGCCCUUGUUGUUGGAAUCUUUGGAAUUAUCGUAACCAUCAUCGGCGGCAAAUGCACCAGUUUUGUACAGGAUGAGAGUGCUAAGGCUAAGAUCGCCAUCACUAGUGGGAUCAUCUUCACCAUCACAGGGAUUCUCGUCCUCAUUCCAGUGUGCUGGACCACAAAUGCUAUUAUCAGGGACUUUUACAACCCUGCCCUUACGGAUGCCCAAAGGAGGGAACUGGGACCCUGUCUGUAUAUCGGCUUCGGAUGUGCUGCACUUCUCAUUGCAGGUGGGGCCCUCCUCUGUAGCUCAUGUCCACCAAAAGAUGACACUCCCUAUCAUGUGAAAUACUCUCAGCCCAAAUCUACAGUGAGCAGCAGCAAGGUUUAUGUGUAAGACAUUUGAUUAAUCACUUUAGUGGACUGGUAAAAUGAGCAGGCAACUUAAUCAAGGAACUUCUUAGCACUAUCCAGCGUGAACUAGACUAAAAUCUGUCAGUGGUAUUUAAAGUGCUACCAGAAAUGUUGCUAUAAGCUGGUCAUUUCUAUUGCAUACAAAACAUUGUCAAGAAACUUCAUGGGGUUUUUGGUGACCAACAUGGAAUUUUAUGCAAAAUGCAAAACAUGCAAUUGUAUGUAAUCAUUUGUAUUUAAGCUAUCUUGUAAAAUCUCACAAGCAAUAAGGAUAUAUAUACUAUUUUUAUGUAUUAUAUAUGCAUGCUCAUUUAUAUGGCAGCAUUUGGAAAGUGCUGAAUCACUGCCUCUGAAGGUCAGACUCAUUGUAAUGCUAUAUCCUACAGUGAGAAUUCUUUUUGUCAAACCCUUUUUCAAGCUAAAAAAUUACACUUAAAUUGAAAAUGUAAUCAUUUUGAAACACAGCAUGGUACAGUAGUUAACAAAAUGGUGAGGGAAAUUUAUUUUCAUUGUUUCUAUAACAUUAAUUAUAUCCACACAUUCAUGUGAAUUUGUUGACAGAGAAAAGAUGUAAUUGUAUGGAAAUUCUAUUGACCUUUAAAUUGAAAGAAACUAAAGUCAAUCAGUGGUAUGUAAAGUGCUCAUAAUAUGUAAAACAUCAUAAUGCAACAUCAUGGGCUUUUUGCUGACUAACAAAGAAUUUUACACAAAAUCAAAAAUAGUAUCAUUUACGGCCACCAGAAGUGGCAAACCUUCCAAAAUUCCUCCAAGAGCACAGCAACUACUUCUCUAGGAAGUCACAAAAGAGUCAAGGACAUCAUCAAAGGAACUAAAGGCCUCUCUUGCAUCAAUAAAUGUCACUGUUCAUGACUCCACUAUCAGAAAGACACUGGGCAAAAAUGGCAUCCAUGGAAGAGUGGUGAGGUGAAAACCACUGCUAACCCAGAAGAACAUUAAGGCUUGUCUGAAUUUUGCCAAAACAUACCUUGAUGAUCCUCAAACCUUUUGGGUGACUGUUCUGUGGAUUGAUGAGUGGAAAGUGGAACUGUUUGGAAGACAGGGGUCCUGUUACAUCUGGCGUAAACCAAACACAGAAUUCCACAAAAAGAACAUCAUACCUACGGUCAAGCAUGGUGGUGGAAGUGUGAUGGUGUGGGGAUGCUUUGCUGCUUCAGGGCCUGGGCAACUUACAAUAAUUGAGGGAAACAUGAAUUCUGUUCUCUGCCAGAAAAUCCUAAAGCAAAAUUUCUGGUCUUCAGUCCGUAAAUUGAAACACAAGUGCAACUGGAUUAUGCAGCAAGACAAUAAUCUAAAGCAUAGGAGUAAGUCCUAGUCCUAGAAGUAAGUGAAAGACUGCUCUCCAGUUAUCGGAAGCAUUUGGUUGCAGUUAUUACUGCUAAAGGUGGCACAACCAGAUUUUAAGUCUAAGGGGGCAAUUAGUUUUUCACAUGGGUGAUAGGUGUUGGAUAACUGGUUUUGCUUCAAUAAAAAAUAAAUAAAUGAAUAAAAACUGUAUUGUGUGUUUACUCAGGCCUUUGUUUUAUGUUGUAUUUUGUUUGAAGAUCUAAAACUAUUUACUAUGAGAUGUACACAAAAACAGGAGAAAUCAAGAUGGGGCAAAUACUUUUUCACAGCACUGGAGAUGUCUACGCAGAACUUACUGUAAAAGAGACUAAGACUACAGGUCCCAUGAGCCACUGCACCUCACCUGACCAUGUCACGUGACUGUCUAUACCUUUUCUCAAUUUCACACUCAUUACUUUCACCUAUAUAAGCCUCAUUUGGGCACAGCUUCACUGUGGAGUAAUUGCUUAGUUAGAGUUUAGUUUUUUGACUUUGUUUGUUCCCUGGUUUUUGUACUUUAGUUAUUCUAUGAUAUCCUGUUUGUUGGUUGCUUGAGCUUUUUGUUUUAAUUUGCAAUGCAACUUUCAUGCUUUUUUUAUGGAAAACUAUUUGAAUUGAAAUUGAAUUGAAGAGGGCUUUGGCUGAAUGCAUGUAGUGGUGAUGUCACAGGAUGUGUUAUGGCCCAAAUCUGUGAAAAAUCUGCUGUAAUUUUGAAAAAUUUCAAGUUCCUCUGAAUAGUCCUAAAUUUGCUUGCAUUUGUGUUCAUUUCUACUAUUGAAAAAUCACUACAUCUUGGAGGGACUGAUUUAAAGUGAAAAAUUAUACUAUAAUAUUUCAGUUUAUUAAUGGAUGCCAGUGAAGGGGAAAAUACUUUGCAAUUGUAACUUGUUAAGCUACAGUAUAAAUUACUAAUUAUUGUUUUUUGUGACUUUUUUUAUUUUAUUUAUUUUUUUAUUUGAUAAAGUAGCUAGCAACACUACAAGCUACUAAGAAUAAGAUGCUAACUACACUGAAGUUACUUUUGUCAAACUGAAGAAAAUCAACUUGCAUUAACAUAAUUAUUAUUGAACACAAGAUAGAUUUUGCAUUUCUACUUCUAAACCACUCCUAGAAAGAAGCAGUUAACUUUAACAUAUCAUAAAUAUACCAUACCAUAAAUGUUGUAUUAGCUGCCAUUGUUAUGCCGAUGACACACAUUUAUAUGUUUCAGGAAAGCCAGCUGACAGACACCAGCUUAAUAAAUUUAAAGUGUAACGGACAUUGGACACUUCAAUUCUGACAGGACAGAAAUGUUUCUGCUAGGACCACAGGCAGCUUUAGUUAUUCUACGAUAUCCUGUUUGCUGAUCGCCUGACCCUUUUGCCUACCGUGACUUUGUCCUUGUUUAAGUAUUGGAUUGGUUUGCUGGACUUUAUUUAA